AUGGGCGACGGUGUCGCCGCGCGACAAGGGCGCUAUAGCCAACUACUACGUAAGAACAUAUAUAAGUCGUUAAAUCUAUUUGCUGGAGAAUUCGCAACACCACCUUUCAAUCCUGUCGACGAAUUUACAAGGAAACGCCUUUCCUACAAGAUUCUAGCAGAGUAUGCUCCGAUAUUGAACUACCAACCAAAAGCGCCUCAAAGACCAACACAAAACGCGCGAUCGGACUCGGAAUCAACAGAAACUCAGGUUCCAACGAUCAAUAUACGCAAAGCUAAGUCGCAAGUUGCAGAAGUAGUUGAUGAGUUGCACGCCGAUUUGGCAAGCUCACAACAAACUCGCAAGAAACUACCAUUCCUAGAUGCCACAGUAGCAGACGAAGUGCAUCUGGGUAUCGUCAGAAAACGACCAUUAUUAGCAUUGGGCAACGAUGAUAAUGCAAAACGACAUGAAAGCGGUGCUAUUAGUGUCGUAGUACAAGGGUCAAAUGAUGUAUCCGAUACUAUCGCACCUUACUUGCGUGAGACUGUUGCUGCAGGACACGCUAUCGCACCUCUAGAUAUACAACCGAAAACAGGAUCGAUUCGCAGACAACAACCGAAAUGGCAUCCACCAUGGAAAAUGUAUCGCAUGAUAGUUGGACACCAGGGGUGGGUACACUGCGUAGCUGUAGAUGUCUCCAAUCAAUGGUUUGCCACGGGGAGUUCUGAUCGGCUCAUCAAGAUUUGGGACCUUGCAACGUGCCAGUUAAAGUUGUCUUUAACGGGACACAUCAACGCAGUGAGAGAUAUUAAAAUUUCAGACCGUCACGCAUACCUAUUCAGUUGCGGAGAGGAUAACACUGUAAAGUGCUGGGAUAUUGAACAAAAUAAAGUUAUACGCAGCUAUCACGGACACCUAUCGGGUGUAUAUUCAUUAGCACUCCACCCAGGACUGGACAUACUGUUUAGCGGAGGACGUGACGCAGUCGUUAGAGUCUGGGAUAUUCGCACGAAAGAAGCUGUACAUGUAUUAUCCGGACACAGUGGCACAGUCAUGAGCCUGGUAUCGCAAAAUGCCGAACCGCAAGUAAUAUCUGGUUCACAGGACAAAACUGUGCGUCUAUGGGAUCUUGCAGCGGGAAAAACUUUGGCAACACUCACAAACCACAAAAAAAGUGUAAGAGCUCUCGCUAUACAUCCCAGCCAGUAUACUUUUUGUAGCGCUGGUGCUGACAAUGUGAAGGUAUGGAAAUGCCCUGAGGGACAGUUCUACCGAAAUCUAGGUGGACACAACUCCAUAUUGAACUGUGCAGCAAUAAAAGAUGACGGGGAGUCAUCGCUACUAGUGGCAGGGUCAAAUAACGGACAAUUGCAUUUCUGGGACUGGGAAAGCGGUUACAAGUUCCAGACACUGGAAAGCAUUGUUCAAAAGGGCUCUCUAGAAAGUGAAAAUGGGAUUUUUGCUUGUGCUUUUGAUAUGAGUGAGAGCCGGCUUAUCACAGCAGAAUGCGACAAAACCGUUAAGAUAUGGAUACAAGAUCCAGAUGCAACACCGGAAACACACCCAGUGAUAUGGCAACCAGAGACUUCAAUGAAGCAAUACUAG